AUGGUAGAAGGUGGCAAAAUGCACCUGAUUGUGGAAAUCAGUGCAAAGAUGAGUCCACACUACACGGCCUUGAUUGGCAAGAUCAGGGAAGCCUUGGAAAAGGACAACCUGAGCAAGGAAGAAGCCCUCUCUAUGAGAGCCAAGCUGCUGAAGCAGUAUGACCCCCAGAGCCCUUCCACCUAUGUGAAGCACUUGGCAGCUUUGGGAAAGGCAACAGCCAAGUGCAAGGAGGAGCUGGAAGCUUCCCUGAGCAAGAGCUUGGAAAAGAGAGACUUGGAAGAGUCUGCAACUGGCAGUGCCAGCUCCAGCAGUGGCUUGGAAAAGCCACCUGGAACCUGGGGGGUUCAGGGUGGCAAGAAAAAGAGCAAAAGAAAGACUUUGGAAAAGGUUUCAGAGUCCUUGGAAAAGGACAAAAAGCCUAAGGGAAAGGCUUUGAAUCAUUCCCAGUGGGAUGAUGAUGAGGAGGAAGAGUCCUUGGAAAAGGACCAAAAACCAGUUGUGGUGGUGGACUGGUACAACACCCUUUGGGUUGGCAAAGGGAUUCCUCCUGAGAACCUGGCAGGCUUGGAAAAGCUGUGCCAGGCAGCCCAGGUCACCAUCCUCAGCUUUGUGGGCUCUUGGAAAAGGGCCCAGGAGGUGGAAAAGGACAUGCAGGAGCAUGUCCCUGACCACCUCCAGCAGAUCAUCCCCAUGGAGACCUGCAGGGGGAAGGUUGGCAAUGAUGGCAAAUGCCAUCAUGCCUGUGACUGGGGGGCUGAGGCAAUCUUUGAUGAUCGUGCAGCAAUCAUCAGAGAGUGCCAGGAGUGGGGAUUGGACGUCUAUCCAAUCAACACUCUGCAGGAGGGCCAUGCUAGGGCUGGUGGUGGGUAUGAAACCUUUGCUGAUGCAGUGGAGGCAUGCCUCAAGAACCACCAGUAG